AUGCGUGACGGUCUCCAGCAAUUAAUCAUUGCCAGGUCUCAAGGUGGCACCCGCCCUAAGACGAGAAGAAUCGCCGAUGAUGUGAUACUCAUGCAUCUUCCUCCCGGCUACGAGUUGAACAAUAAGCUCAAAUUCAAUAACUCUUUGCUCCCUGUUUAUGGAGAACUCAGUGUCUUAUACAUUGAUGAUCCAAAACAUGCCACUGAGCUCAUUGAACUUGUCCGUCUCCGAGCUACAUCCCCUUUAAUCAACUCGAUUCCUCCUAAGAGACGAGCGAAGCCCCUCCCUCCUCACAGCGAACAUGCUGAGAAUAUCCAGUACAUCUGUGACUUCCUUGGUGAAGAAGAGGAAAAUCAAGCAUCUCAGUAUCGUCACGUCAUGGGCCGUAUUCACGAAGUCAUCAUCAGCGGCCUUCUCAAAUAUGUCAGCUCCGAACCCGGCAACGACAAAACGAAAGUCCUUGCCUAUUUACAAAAUCUUGGACGAGCCUCCCCAGUCUGGGAAGAGCGUGUCAAGAAACUCCUCCUUGAGGAGCAUAAAGUCCUCCAGGAUAUGAUCAAGGAGAUCCAAGGCGGCUGGCCUUUCCUUCAACAUUUCUUGAGCAGCAACAUGAUCACUGCUAAUCAAUGGGAACGUCUGGUUAUUACCGCAAUGGCAGAGACGGUUAGGAAGUCUCCUGUUCUUCGUGAUUAUCAUAUGGUCGUUUACGAUGUCAGCAUCGACCACUUCAUCCACGGCAAAGUUGGGGAAACACUGCUCACAUCGCUUGAUGCUUGGAAGUGUGAUGUUGAGUCUAUCAAUAGUGACUCCUUCCGUAUCAACUCCCCUUUCAUGACUUCUCGCAAGCAUCCAAUGCAACGACUUGAUGAACUUGGUGAGAAGUUCUUCCGUAAGCUCACCAAUACUUAUCAAAGUGGCGAACUUCUUUACACUCGUGCUGUUCUUUGUCGCUCCAUUUUAACUACCUAUUUUUUCCAAGCUUUCAUCAGUGUUUGGGAUGACUGUGUUCUUAAUGGGCACUUACAAGGCUUGAAAGGGCUCGUUCCUGUGUACCCAAAGAUCAUGGACCGUCUCCGAGAUCAUAUGGCACAUGGGACCUGUCCACGUGAAAGCCAUCCCGGUACCAGAAGGAAGCUAGCCCAAGGCGACGCUGAUGAUAUCCCUUGCAUCCUUCCCCCAAAGCCUUCCCGGAUUCUAGUUGUCCAAGCUGCUGUAUCGGAAGAUGUCGAGAUGGUCGAUGCCGACCCCUUGAGUGAUAGUUCCUCGGAGACCAUUAUCCAGCAGGAUGAAUCGCGCCCUAGUGUGGCCCCUUCGACUAGCAAGGAAGAAGAGAGAAGGAGGAAGAGACGAGAUAGGAGGAAGCAGGUCAGAAAAGCUACUCUGAUCACUAUCGAACAGAAACCAACCCAAGGCUCUUCGGCCACGGGAGGACCGCUAGUCACACGUAUCGAGAGACUCGAGUUCCCUUCUGGGGGUCCAAUUGAAGUACUUGAUGCCACUUCAACUCCAUCCCAGAUGAUUAAGACACCAGAUGAAACUAAAACAUCAAAGGACAUUAACACCAUAAAUUUGGAAACACAGCCUCUGAUUAGCAGUCGAAGUAUCAGUAGGGUGGAGGAUGAGCCGAAGCAUCUGGGGCUAUUCCUUGAAGUUUUGAAUGGCGGGUCAGAGGUAAUUGAAGAAGUUGAGAAAAUAACCUUGCCUGAAGCUUCUGUCGGAGGUCAAAAUUACAUCAAGAACAGAGCCAAAAAAGAAAGACGCAAAGCAAGAGCUGCGAACGUUGCUGCACUUCAAGCCGAACAGACAUCCCCUAGGGCAGAGCAAAACGCCACUGUUAGUCCUCCAGUUAAAGAAACCACCCCAAGCGUUCCGUUGCAAUCUAUUGGCGAACUCACGAAAACAGUCCAUCAAAAACAAGAGAAUAAAAUGCCGCGUCGUCGCAAGACAACCACCCAGGUGGUUCCACGUACGGUCCCUGGUGCAAUCGUAAUUGGACCUACUGCCCAACAGGCCGUUCAAACCGAUCAGCCGGCCGCUUCGAAGAGUCAGGCUUCAACCCCUUCCAAACCGGACAGUGACUUGUAUGACGACCCCGAAGCCAUUGCUGCUGGAAUUAAAGCCUCUGAAGAAGAGGAGUCAUCUUGGACCAAGGUUGGAGGCAAGAAGCCUGAAAUCUCUAAAACUGCCAAGUUCAUGGAAAGUAAAGGGUUGCGAAACUUAGGCCAUGGUCACAAUGCCGUCUUUCCGAAUAAAAACGUUCCUCUUCGAUCUCAUCCACAUCAUAAACCGAACCCAAAGGCUUCGGGGGUUCAAGGAAAGUCUCUUCCCGUUCAGAAUAAAGCCAAGGUCUGGCCUCCUCAGGGGCAAGGAAAGACUACCCCUCCUCACGCUCAAGUGAAGGUUGUUUCGCCUCAAAGCGAAAUGAAGAUUACUACCCCUCAGAGCCAGACCAGGUCUGUCGCUACCAACCAAAGUCAAACAAAGCCGCCUGCUCAGAACCAAACCAUCCCGAAAUCUGAUGUUACGAAGACGUCGACCCCGAGUAAGAAGCCGUCACCAAAGGAGGGCCAAAAGCCACCCGGAAAACAACAUCGUCAGAAGCGUGAAGCUCGCCUUCCCAUAAUUAAUUCCAUGAAGGAAUUCCCAACUCUAGCCACUAGUACCAAGCUUCUAGGACGGCAAAAAGAUUCUCAAUCAACUGGAGAGCAGCCUAUGGAUAUGACUGUCGAGCUCGCAUCGCAUGAAGUCGAGUCACCUGCCUCUACACACACGACCACUGCAUCUGCUGUCGGUGAAACUAAAACCAGUGAUAAGGAUUCUGUUCAGAAGAAGGCACAAAGUGUAUCAGUUGUCUCACUAUCUCAUCCUGUCAGCUCAGUUAAAACCCAGAAGAGUAAAUCGUCCAUUAUUCCCCGAGCUGUUGAGCAAAAGGAGGACACCAUAACCGUCACCACCACAAUUCCAAAAGCUACCGAGUCCGUUUCUGAACAUCUUGCUGUCAAAGGCCAAGUUCAUGACACCGACGCUAAAGCGCCUAUCACAGAGUCGAAGGGAACCCCGGAUUUGUCAACUUCUACCUCACCCUUAGCCGGAACGUCCAACAAAAGCACCGCUCCAGUGACUCCCACCAGAGCCCUCACUAAGAGAGAAAGACGUGCACUGGCCAAGAAGAUUGCUGAAGAACAAAAGGUACCUAAGUUGUCCAUCAAGGAAAGAGCAGAACUUCGACGGUCAUUGGAAAACAAGAAAUCCCCUGAGCCCGCUGAAAAGGCAAAGGAUGAUCCCGUCGUCCCGGUUGUCAUUCAGGAGGAGGCCUCAACAACUGAAAGUCCUGGCAUUGCGCAUCCAGGCACGCAGACCAUAAGCCCUGUCAUUACGCAUACAGGCUCUCUGCCCGAAAGUCCUGCCACUACGGAUGCAGGCAACCCAGUUGUUUCGAGCGUCGACAGUGAGACCUCGACGGUUCCCUCCGUAAGUCCCGGCAUUGUGCAUCCGGGCACCUCGGCUUUAAGUCCUGGCAACGUGCAUCCAGGCACCUCUACGGAAGUUAACACAAAUACUUCCGGUCAGAUCAAGUUGGCCUCUGGGGUCAACAAUGGCAUGAGGUACGAGGUCGUCGCAACCCAAGAGGCUGCAACAAUUUUGGGAGGGGCCACGACUUGGGUCCCUGCCCCCGCUCCUGGCUUUUCCCAGCUGGGGUACGGUCCGGGGGUCGGUGGGUUUGUCGGUGGGCCUCCACAGCCCAACAACUUUGGAGGGGUGGGUUAG